AUGUCAUUUUCAUUGAUACUUGCUUCGAUAUUUUUAUUUGCAACAACAGCAACUGUUUAUGCUGCACCUGCAAUUGAUGAUGACGGUAUUGAAUGUAAACCAUCAAUUUCUUCGAUGACCGAAUAUCCAUGCUUUGGAACAUUACAAUUUCAAUGUCCAUCAGCUUCGUUUAAUAUUGGUAAAACCCAAUAUGUUACAUGCAGUGAUAUCCAGUUGUUUUGGUCUUACAAUGUCGGAAAUUUAACAAUGACAAUUGAAACAGAAUUUACAGAACAACGUCAACCAUUUAUAAUUCUUUUCGCUAAUGACAGCACAUUCCGUAAUCAAAUGCCGCAUUUUUACAGAAUAAUAGAUGGUGUUGAGACAGAAAUAGUAACAAAGGAUGAGCAAAUAAUUCUUACAUCAGAUGAAAAUUAUCAAGUUAUUAUGAAAUUUCAGGCUCCGGCAAAUUUGAUGUUUUAUGGUGCAUCUUUAAAUUAUAAGGUUCGCCGUUUACAAUAA